AUGGAUUACUUUUCUUUCCUUUCUUGCAAUUCCCGCCUGAUUAGCCGUGUAGACGUUAUACCCGGUAUUACUCCUCAGGGUUACUAUGCUGAAAGGAAGCCUCCAUUUAACAAAGGACCAAAAGAUGAAAAGAGAGGAGACGGUGAUUUUAGAACAACAGAUGACGACAUUGAAUCAAGUUAUUUAUUUAUCGAGAAGAGCCUAACGAAUAUAACCAAAGAUUCCGGAGAGACAGUUCGCAUGCGAUGCGAAGUGAAAGGACGCCCGUUACCUAAAAUUAAGUGGUAUAAGAAUGAAGCCCCUCUGGAACCAGAGAGAGGCAAAGUAGACGUUCGUAAAUACAAUGCUGGAUAUGGGAAGAUUGGAUCCAGGCUAAAAAUUGUCCAUGCAGAUAUCCAUGACACAGGGUAUUACAAAUGCGAAGCCUCAAACGAUAAACACAGUGUAGAGACUACAGGAAUUCUUAUGGUUAAAGCAGGUCGCAUGCAUUCUCCUUCCAUCAUACCGAACUUUCCACCACCAUUUCCUCACUUCCCUGCAUUAGGAGGAAGGCUGCCAGAAUUUGAGCAAAACGAUUUGGGUUUCUGCCAGCACUACAGAGGCGUCGCCUGCUCACAACUGAUUGGUAAUAGAACUGUUUACGUGAAGGCAUCAAUGACUUUGAAUAAAUUAGAGGAGAAGUUGGCAGCUAUUUUUACCAUCUUGGCAACAGGAAAGGAGAUGAGCCCUGAGUGUCACAAAUAUGCUGUACCAUUCUUUUGCUACGUCAUGUUUCCUCCCUGUGAUGACACAAUUCCAUACCCCGUUCCGAGACACGUGUGCCGCGAUGAUUGCGAUAUUCUGGAAGCCUCAACUUGCAAAGAAGAAAUGGCAUCCGCCAGAAAGCAUCCUUUGCUGUCCAACCAAGAUUUGGUUCCAGAAUGUGAAGAAUUGCCAUCUCCUAAUCAUCACGACAUAUCGGGCACAUUUACUGCGGGCAAAGAUGGACAAGGAAGCUGCAUCAGUCUCAGCGUACCUCGUGUCCUUCAAGUGGAUCACGAUGCAACUUGUUACGAGGGUAGGGGAGAAGAUUACAGAGGUCCAGUCUCACAUACUGUCUCGUCUCACCAAUGCCAGAGUUGGAGUCCAGUUGCUGAAUACGAUGAACUUUCCGGGGGUCAUAAUUAUUGUCGAAAUCCUGGAGGUCUGGAGACACAGCCCUGGUGCUUCAUAUCUGAUCCUCAUAUCAGAAGAGAAGUGUGUGAUAUCCCUCGUUGUGCGGAGUAUGCAUGGCUGUAUAUUUUUUUACCUUCCCUGGUGGCUGCAAUACUUAUUUCAGUUUUGAUGGGUUUAUGGUGCAAGCGACAACGGCGGAAGACAUGUUCUUCAAAGUUAUCGCCCCACAGUACUUCUGCUCAACUGAUACCUACCCAUCACCAGAAUUCCAAUCAUCCUCAUCCCCAACAAAUCGAGAUGCAGAAAUUUCUUCCCAGAAUUCCCCUUGGAAUCCACGAAGUAUCUCCUCAAUCGAUUCAUUUCUUGCAUGAACUUGGAGACGGAAUAUAUGGAAAAGUUUUCAGGGGCGAAAUGCACCAUCCCAGAUCCGCUUCUGGCACAACUAUUGUGUCGCCAGUGGCCAUCAAAACCUUGAAGGAGGGAGCAUCAACUCAGACACGGCAAGACUUUUGCAGAGAAGUUGAAACAGUUGCAGUUUUGCAGCAUCCAAAUAUCGUGUGUCUCGUAGCUGUUUGUAUAAGAGAGGAACCACUUUGUAUGCUUUUCGAGUAUAUGUUCCAAUGUGAUUUACAUGAAUUUCUACUGGUGCACUCACCUCAUUCAGAUGUCUCUGCUAGGAGCGACGAUGGAACACCUCAAAUAUUAGAACUGUCAGAUUUUCUAGCGAUAGCUAUGCAAAUUGCGUCUGGGAUGGAAUAUUUAUCAAGUAAACGUUAUGUCCAUCGAGACUUAGCUGCCCGAAACUGUCUUGUGUCAGUUGAAACAACCCCUACGAGCUUAUCCCAGACUUGCCUGAAUGCUGGUUUGAAUACAACUUCCCUUAUGGACAACAUUCUCGUGAAGAUAUCAGAUCUUGGCGUCAGCCGAAAUAGCUGUGCAUCUGAGUACUUUCGGAUCAGGAACACGCUUUUACCAGUUCGUUGGAUGGCACCCGAAUCCCUCCUGUAUGGCACUUUCACGACAGAAAGUGAUGUUUGGUCGUAUGGCGUCCUACUCUGGGAGAUAUUCAGUUAUGGCAUUAGGCCCUAUUUUAACUGUGACAAUCAGGAGGUUAUUGACCUUGUCUGCACUCACCAACUUCUACCUAGACCAGAGUAUUGUCCACCCUAUGUAUACGCCGUCAUGAAUGAUUGCUGGCAUGAUUCUCCUUCCCACAGGCCGAAUUUCAAGGAAAUUUACAACAGACUUUGUUCAGUUCAGACACUUCACGGAAGAACAUUUAGCAUGAGUCAUUCUGUUCUGACUCACAACAGUAGUCAUCAGAGCAGCACUGGGCCAAGCAAUAAAACAUUGUCAACCAAUUUGAGCUGUGGAACGGGAAACAUCCUCGUCAAUGGAGUGACAGUAAGACAAAACAAUGCAUUUCCAUUCUGUGGUACUGGCACGGGAUUUGUGUCCACUAAAAUGUUACCUGCUCACAGAACUCACCAGUGUGAACAGGUCUGAGCUUGUUAUAGAAAUCAAAUGUCUUCAUAUACCAUGCACCAACUACGAUACAUGCGCUGAUUCGCUGGAGAGUCCAUGCACAUUCUUCUUAAGGGUAAAUUUUCAGUGUAAUAUUGUAAGCGAGAAUUUUCAUUGUGAGUGUUUUGUCAGUUAGCAGUUUCUCACGUAUAUUACAAUUUAUAUAACUCUGGUACUUGGCAGUAAGGAUGUUAGAAACGAAAUAAAACUUCAGAGAACUGCAUUCUAUCAAAUUGAAUGAUUGUAUAUCUAUUUGUAUUUACAAAGUGAAAAUGAAGGACUUACGUUAAAGGGUGCUCUUUUUAACAGAAGAAUGGUAUAUUUUAUUAAAUUUAUAUUUAAUAUUCUUAUUGCCAAGUACUCUUCACUUGCAUUAUUAUAUUUAUUACCUUUGUACAUUUGAAAGUGUCAACAUUUUUGUAAACAUAAAAAUCGUACUAUGAGCCAAGGCCGUAUUUACGUAUGAUGUUUUGAGUAAAUACACUGGUCAUAUUACCGAGUGCUGUUACAUAUAUAUAAUGACAUCAUUUAAAAAUUAUUUCGUGAUCGAUGGUUUGAAUAUACUGUUUGCAGUUAGAAUUAUGUAGCUAAGUUAUACGAACUUCCCAAAAUAUCGAUCAGUUAGAUAUAAAUUGAUAAAAGAAACUGCAUUUUAAAUUUUGGUUUCAGAGUAAAUUAAAUGUACUUCUGUCUUUCAAGACAGGUUUUGAAAUACGUUUUUAAAAACUUUCAUCUUCAUAUAACACAUGAUUUUUAAUUUCAAGUGAAAAUCUCAAUAACGAUGUUAGAUUGUUUUAAAUUCUGCAAGUUUAUAAGAAGAUGAACAAUAUAUUUAGACUUUUUACUAAUCAGCGAAAUUAUUCAAUGUUAUUAUUUAUUUCUUUUUUUAAUCAAUAUAUUUUUGAUUUGCCAUUGCUUUAAUAAUAAAGGAUUUUUUCAGUACCUUUUAAAUCCGAAUAUUUUCAUAGUGGUAGUUCAGUAACGUGAUUUCGUUCAGUAAUUUUUUAAAAAUAUUCCUUUUCCUUGAUGAUUAAUUUUUCAAAUGGAACUGUAAGAAUACGAAAUUACAAAAGUCCUAAUUAGGAAACUUGACUAAUUUCUAGAACAUAUAUGACUGGAAAUAUCUUAAGUCCAUAAAACUCCAUAAACUCAAACGAGAGAAAGAUGUUAUAUAAUAUGUUACUUAAUUUAUUUGUCAUACAUUCAGCUUUAUCAAUAUUUGAUUACUUUGAUCAAAACACAUUUUUGAAAUCCAUAGCAAAAAUAAGAUAUCAUUCAACUCACGAACUGCACAUUUAUAGGUUAGUGGUACACAUAAAAAUCUUUUACAAUAAUCACUAAAAUUUUACCUUAAUAACUUGCUUCCAAAUUAACUUGGGAAGUAUUAUCUCCUUAUUGUUUAUCAUUGUAGAUUAGGUAGUGUAAGAUGUCUUGUUUCUCAUUCUAUUAUCUAAUUCAGAAAUAAACAUUUUAUUGUUUUGA